CACCUUCACCACCGGAAGCACUUUCGUUGACCCGGCUGAGUUCCCGACCAAAAAGAACCCACAAAGUGCCGUUUCCUGGCUCAACAAUCCGGCAGAUGGCAAACGACGGUGGCUUUCGGGGUAUUCUCCACACCGUCGGUCGCGGAUUCAAGUCGCGGCACAACAGCCGAAGAUCGCCACCAAAGCACUCAACGUUUCCGGCAUCUUAUCUGCGUCAAGCCGACUUUUCUGGAGUGACGCCAACCACAACAAAACAACUCCGCAGAUGGCUCGGAGCAUCUCGUUGCGGACAAACAAGCUCAGGUGGCCUUGGCGUGAUGCCUGGCGGCGUCCAAGGAAGUGGCGGCUCGAAAAGCCGCCUCCCCCAUGCCGCCCUCCGAGUUCCUGGACAAGCUGAUGGGCAAAGUGUCGGGCUACGAUGCCAGGAUCAGACCCAACUUUAAAGGUCCUCCCGUCAACGUGACCUGCAACAUCUUCAUCAACAGUUUUGGCUCCAUCGCUGAGACCACCAUGGACUACAGAGUCAACAUCUUCCUGAGGCAGCAGUGGAACGACCCGCGUUUGGCCUACAGCGAGUACCCGGACAACUCCCUGGACCUGGACCCGUCCAUGUUGGACUCCAUCUGGAAGCCCGACUUGUUCUUCGCUAACGAGAAGGGGGCCAACUUCCACGAGGUCACCACCGACAACAAACUUCUGCGCAUCUCCAAGAACGGAAACGUGCUCUACAGCAUACGAAUAACGCUGAUUCUGGCCUGUCCCAUGGACCUGAAGAACUUCCCGAUGGAUGUGCAGACGUGCAUCAUGCAGCUGGAGAGCUUUGGCUACACGAUGAACGACCUGAUCUUCGAGUGGGACGAGAAAGGCGCCGUGCAGGUGGCGGACGGCCUGACGCUGCCUCAGUUCAUCCUGAAGGAGGAGAAAGACCUCAGAGACUGCACCAAACAUUACAACACCGGCAAGUUCACGUGCAUCGAGGCCCGCUUCCACCUGGAGCGGCAGAUGGGCUACUACCUGAUCCAGAUGUACAUCCCGUCCCUGCUCAUCGUCAUCCUGUCCUGGGUGUCCUUCUGGAUCAACAUGGACGCCGCCCCCGCCCGGGUGGGCCUGGGCAUCACCACCGUGCUCACCAUGACGACGCAGAGCUCGGGAUCCCGAGCCUCCCUGCCCAAGGUGUCGUACGUGAAGGCCAUCGACAUCUGGAUGGCCGUCUGCCUGCUGUUCGUCUUCUCGGCGCUGUUGGAGUACGCCGCCGUCAACUUCAUCGCUCGCCAGCACAAAGAACUUCUUCGCUUCCGUCGCCGCCGGCGACACAUGAAGGAGGACGACGGCGGCGACGGCCGUUUCGGCUUCCCGGGUUCGGGCUACGGCGUGGGCCCGACGUGCCUGCAGAAGGACGGCGUGGCGGCCAUCAAGGGCAACAACAACAACAACGCGGGGGCGGGGGCGGCGGGGGGCCCGCCCGAGAAGAGCAUCGAGGAAAUGAAGAAACUCUUCAUCAGCCGCGCCAAACGCAUCGACACGGUGUCGCGCGUGGCCUUCCCGCUGGUCUUCCUCAUCUUCAACAUCUUCUACUGGAUCAUCUACAAAAUCAUUCGCAGCGAAGACAUACACAAACAAUGAGAGGAGGGCCAAACCCAUUCCACUCUUCCUCUUCCUCUUCCUCCUCCUUUUUUUGCCCCCCGGCAACAUGACAAACUUCAUAUCUACUGAGCCCACCCGCCCACGAGGGAGGAAUCACUGGUGUGCGGGGCGAACUCGAGCUCCGCCCCCCGCGGGGACGCUAACGGAAUAUUUGCAAACAUUUUGCAUUCGACAUUAAUGCUAGCGCGCUAAACUCAUCGAGUGACACCCCCCCCCCCCCCCCCGCGGCGGCAACGGCUUUUAACUCAUUAACUAAUAAUUGUUCAAGGUGUGUCGCAGUAAUUGUAUUUUCUCAGAUUGAUAUAUCUAUUUUUUGUAAUUUUCAUUUUGUUGAUUCAUUAUGACGUAACGUGAAGGAUAUUUCUCUUUUGUAUUAUUUUUGUACACAAUAAUUUUGUAUUUUUUUUUUCCAUUGUUUUUUAUGAUUUCUUUCUUUUUUUAUUUGGAAGGUAAAGUCAUAAAUACGGAUAUGUCUUUUGUUUGUUCUAAUCAUUUGUCCUGAAUGAUUCUUUUCCAUUCCAUCUUUUUUCCUCUUCGCACGUCCGUGCCAAACCAGCGAGCGUUUGACGCCGGCGUGAUUUCGUGCUUCCCGCGCUCGGCCGCUCUAUGCAAAGCGCUCCCCGAUCCGGAUGCAAAUGAUGUCGCCGUCGCCCGGCGGUCGCGUCGAUCGCGUGAGGCCGAGGCGCAAAUCAAAUCGUCGUCGUCGUCGUCGCCGAAUGACACAAACGGCGAAGCUGUCGCGUGUUGUUGAGCUUUUCGUGACGUUUUUCCUUUUCUGCCAGAUGUUGUCACAAUCACACUCCAAACCAGCAGGGGGCAGCAGCGACGUGCAAAAAUAGUCUCUUUCAACAUUUAGUGUAUUUGUUUGAUUUUACGAGGUUAAACAGCGAGCUAAAAUGCAAAUCAGAGACGAAUCGGUUAGUUUGUGUGCCGGCCUCAUCGGCGGCUGCUUCUCUCAACCGCAAAUCAUUGUCUGUAGUCUUGUUUUUGUGUGUGUGUGUGUGAAAAGAAUUCACUUCAUUGAUUGAAUGCGACUGCACAAGUUUUUCGGGUGUCGCUUUAUUAACGUCCGGUAAAACAUUUCACCGUUGAGACGUCACGUCAAACACACAAUAGCUGAAUACUGUUCAAAAGACUUGACGCGCCUUCGUCGCUUCUCUGGACGUUUGCCACUUUUAGGUUGUCAAAACAUACUUUUCCGAUUGUUUUU